CCGAUAAAAGUGGCUGAGAACUGCUCAACAGCACGUGUACGUCAGGAAUUCCAACUACAUUUCCCAGGAUUCUCUGAAUUCACUUGCUUGUUUUACAUUGUGAGAGUCGAGUCCAGACUAGCUGAUUAGCUGAAAGUUGGCUUUUGAACAACUGGUGUGAAACUGAACGAAAAACAGCAUGCUUGCUCGGGCUUUUGCAAACGGACUCUGUAAACGAUUUCCAAGGGAAACGCGAGCUGUCGGUCUGGGGGCAACGGUGCGGCAGGACAGGCAAGCUUCCACAGAGGUGGCGCUCAAGAAGACCCCGCUAUAUGAAUUCCAUAGGGCUCAGGGUGGUAAGAUGGUGGAGUUUGCAGGAUGGAGUAUGCCUGUGCAGUACAAAGACAGUCACAUUAACUCACACAUGCACACACGCCAGCACUGCUCCAUCUUCGACGUCAGUCACAUGCUGCAGACUAAAGUCUAUGGUAGAGACAGAGUGAAGUUCAUAGAGUCUCUGAUUGUUGGAGACAUUGCUGAACUAAAAGACAACCAGGGCACUCUCUCCCUCUUCACAAACACUAAAGGAGGAAUCAUGGAUGAUCUGAUAGUGACCAAGACAGACCAGGGUUACCUGUAUGUUGUCUCCAAUGCUGGCUGUGCGGACAAAGACUCUGCUCAUAUGCAGGCCAGACUGCAGGAGUUUAAAGCAGCAGGUCAUGAUGUAGAUUUGGAGUUCAUGGACGAAAGUCUUAUUGCUCUGCAGGGCCCAUCAAUGGCCCAGGUUCUGCAGAAAGGUGUGGGUGAUGACCUCAGGAAGCUGACCUUUAUGACCAGUGUUUUGACCCCAGUGUUUGGCAUUCAGGGCUGCAGGGUCACACGCUGCGGAUAUACAGGGGAGGAUGGAGUUGAGAUAUCAGUACCAAGUGGAGACGUUGUCUCACUGACUGAAAAGUUGUUAGCCGAUAGUGAGGUGAAACUCGCUGGUCUCGGUGCCAGAAACAGUCUCAGGCUGGAGGCGGGACUUUGUCUCUAUGGCAACGACAUUGAUGAGACCACCACACCUGUGGAAGCAAGUCUUGUUUGGACUAUAGGUAAGCGCCGUCGACAGGCACGAGAUUUUCCCGGUGCUGACAUCAUUGUUCCACAAAUAAAGGCAAAGACUCAGAGAAAGAGAGUGGGACUGAUCUCCACUGGACCACCUGUCAGACAGCACACACCAAUCCUGUCAUCUGACGGCAGGGUUAUAGGUGAGGUCACCAGUGGAUGCCCCUCCCCCUGCCUCAAACAAAAUGUUGCCAUGGGCUACGUGGAAGCUGGCUUCAGUAAAGUGGGCACAUCAAUCCAGGUGGAAGUGAGGAAGAAAGCAGUGCCAGCAGUGGUCAGCAAGAUGCCAUUCGUGCCCACCAAGUACUACAUGGGCCAGUAGACCUACUGAUCAUAAAACCAU